AUGCCCAUCAGUAACCCUAGGAAACGGCCAAUCUGUGUCGCUCGAUCGUUUCUAAGCAGAUACGCAACCAAAGCAGAGCUCGCUCAGGCGGUGUCUCGUCUCGAGUCCUUAACAGAGCAAGGGAUUCGAUUACCCUUUGAAGUUCUUGCGUCGCUGCUUCAGCACUGUGGAGAUACGAGGUCUUUGAAACAAGGCAAAUGGAUUCAUCGUCACUUGAAGAUUACUGGAUUCAAGAGACCCAACACGCUUUUGUCGAAUCAUUUAAUCGGAAUGUACAUGAAAUGCGGUAAACCUAUCGAUGCGUGUAAAGUGUUUGAUACAAUGCAUUUCAGGAAUUUGUAUUCGUGGAACAAUAUGAUCUCUGGGUAUGUCAAAUCAGGGAUGUUGGUUCGUGCACGAGUCAUGUUCGAUAGUAUGCCCGAGAGGGAUGUUGUGUCUUGGAACACGAUGGUGAUUGGUUACGCUCAGAAUGGGAAUCUACACGAAGCCCUUUGGUUUUAUAGAGAGUUGAGGAGAUCUGGAAUCAAGUACAACGAGUUCAGCUUCGCAGGGAUUUUGACGGCAUGUGUGAAAUCGAGGGAGCUCCAGCUCAAUCGGCAAGCUCACGGGCAGGUUCUGGUUGCUGGGUUUCUGUCAAAUGUUGUGCUUUCUUGUUCUAUCAUUGAUGCUUAUGCAAAAUGUGGUCAGAUGGAAAGUGCUAAAAGAUGUUUUGAUGAGAUGAAAAUGAAGGAUAUUCAUAUUUGGACUGCUCUGAUCUCUGGAUAUGCCAAACUUGGGGAUAUGGAAGUGGCUAACAAGUUAUUCUGUGAGAUGCCAGAGAAAAAUCCAGUCUCUUGGACCGCAUUAAUUGCCGGAUAUGUUAGACAAGGUUCAGGGGACCAAGCUCUUGACUUGUUCAGAAAAAUGGUUGUUUUGAGAGUUAAACCUGAGCAGUUUACUUUCAGCAGCUGCCUCUGUGCCUCUGCGAGCACUGCAUCUCUUAGACACGGGAAGCAAAUUCAUGGGUACAUGGUACGUACCAAUGUUAGACCCAAUGCGAUUGUGAUCAGCUCUUUGAUCGAUAUGUACUCAAAAUCAGGGAGUUUAGAAGCCAGCGAGCGGGUGUUCAAUCUUUACGAUGACAAGCAAGAUUGUGUUUUGUGGAACACGAUGAUUUCUGCGUUGGCACAGCACGGGCUUGGCCGCAAGGCCUUGCUUAUGCUUGAUGACAUGAUCAAAAUCAGAGUACAUCCAAACCGGACAACUCUGGUUGUAAUUCUCAACGCAUGCAGUCAUUCAGGUCUGGUAGAGGAAGGUAUCAGGUGGUUUGAGUCAAUGACUAUCCAGCACGGGAUUGUUCCAGACCAAGAGCAUUACGCAUGUCUGAUAGAUCUCCUAGGGCGUGCCGGUUGUUUCAAAGAACUGAUGACUAAGAUCGAGAAAAUGCCUUUUAAACCCGACAAACAUAUCUGGAAUGCAAUCCUAGGAGUAUCCAGAAUCCAUGGAAAUGUAGAACUGGGAAAGAAAGCAGCGGAAGAGCUGAUCAAACUGGACCCUGAGUUUUCUGCACCAUACAUAUUGCUAUCGAGCAUUUACGCAGAUCACGGGAAGUGGGAUUCAGUAGAGAAGCUGAGAGGAAUUAUGAAGAAGAGAAGUGUGAAUAAAGAAAAAGCUCUUAGUUGGAUUGAAAUCGAGAGCAAAGUUGGAUCUUUCACAGUCUCAGAUAGGUCGCAUCCUCGUAAAGAAGAGAUAUACUCCGUUCUGCAUAAUCUGGCUGCACUUAUGGAAGAAGAAGCUUCAAGCACAUGA